AUCGUACGUCCUGCAAGAGGCUAUAGGUAGGACGCGAUGAUACAUUGAUAGACCUGAACAUUCUGCUGCGCUUGCCUUCAACAUUUCAAAUGCGAAUGCCAAUGCCAAUGGCAUUGGGUUUGGCAGCUUUGUUGCAUGUUCCUUGUUCCUCCCACCCUUCUUUUGUAGCUUCACAUUUCUCAGGUUUUCUCUGCUCCUGAGCCUCUUCUUAUGUCUUCCUCUUGAUUUCAGCGCUCUCGCACCCUGCGCGAGUGCCCGCAGGAUUGGUAACCCAUAAGUUGCGCUCUGCCCCAUCUCAAACAAGGGGCAUGUCAGCUGCAUACCUGGAGCACUGACAUUAUCUGCCAGAACCAGUCCCAGGCACGCGUAAUCCUCAUGGCUGCGGCUGCGCAGCUGCCGCAGUUGCGCUUGUAUUCUGUAGGCAACGUGCAAAGGAGCAGAAGCAAGGUGCACGCCCAAGCAGAGCUGACACCGCGACCCUGCAAGCAAUGCUGUUGGGCAAGCAGACAGUCUUUGUUCCUAAGUGGUGCCACCGGCGGGCUGAGACUGACCCCCGCGCCGAUACAGACCCCGAAGCCUGCCACUAACAAGGGGCAAUGCAGAGCGCUUGCAGACACAAAUGCAGUUGCGGGGGCGCUUGCUGGUUUAUCCUCCAUGGCCCCCUUGGCAUUCAUUGAAGGCGAGCACUUGGCGCGGGGGGCAGUGGCUGCCAGCGUGAGUGCCUGGUACCUGACCGCCAAGCCGGGGGCCCUGCAGGGACUGCUGGACAUUGUGGCAGCACCAGCCUCAGAGCGGCUCUUCAAGUCAUUUGAGCCCACUGCCGUGCGAGUGGGCAAGCAGCUGGGGGAGGGCAGCUUUGGCGUGGUCUACAAGGGGUUCAUCAAGGACCCGACCAUCCGAGGUGACGGCCCAGGUGUGCCGGUGGUGCUGAAGAAGGUGAAGGCCAAGGUCUCGGGCGCAGAAGAAAUGCGCGCAUCAGAGCUCUACUUCAACCAGCGCCUGCAGCGCACCGCCCCCGGCAGCUGCGCUGAGUUCCUAGGGACCAUCAACGUGGAGAAGAGCACACAGAAGAGGCGCCUCAGCUCCAAGCUCAGCGAGGGCCUGUGGCUGGUGUGGCGGUAUCAAGGGGCGUCCUCGCUAGAGUGGUUCUUGCGGCGGCGUGACGCAUUGCCACUGCUGGCGGGGGCUGUGUUGGGUGACAGUGCGAUGCAGGUGCGGAACAGCCCCGAGGACCUGCUGCAGCGCGACUGCGCCGUGGUGCAGGCCGUGAUGCGCAACCUGCUGGACAGCCUGCAAGCCAUUCAUGCCACAGGCGUGGUGCACCGCGACGUGAAGCCCCUGAACCUGGUGCUGGACGAGGAGAUGCGCAGCUUCAAGCUCAUCGACCUGGGCGCCUGCGUGGACCUGCGCUCGGGAUACAACUUCGUUCCGGACGAGACGAUCAUGGACCCGGUGUACUGCGCCCCCGAGCAGUACGUGUUGCCCAUCAGCAUGCCGGACGCGCCGCCCGGCCCGCUCAUGUCGCUGCUGGCCCCGCUGCUGUUCCUGGCACACGCCCCCGACAAGUUCGACCUCUUCUCAGCGGGGCUCGUGCUCGUGCAGCUGGCGGUGCCCUCCCUCCGCUCCGACAGGAACCUGGCCCUGUUCAAUGAGCAGCUGGCCGACACCGGGUUCGACCUGGACCUCUGGCGCGCUUCCAGCCUCACCUUCCCCGAGGCAGAGCUCCAGAUCCUUGAUGCCAACGACGGCGCGGCGUGGGACCUGGCUCGCCUGCUGCUGCAGCCGCGCGAGGGCCUGCGGUGCCGGCGGCCCACAGCAGAGGCGGCGCUGGGCCACCGCUUCCUGACUGCGUCCCUGCAGUGGCAGACGGAGAAGCGGUCCGGCUCCGCCAAGGGCCGCAGCAAGAGCAUGCGCAGGGCGGGCAAGAGCAACACGCGGGAGCUCGAGCCGGCAUUCGCGCCCACAGGGGCCUUCCGCUUUGCGCUGCCGUUUGGGAUCGGGAGCGACGCGGAAGAAGAGUCCGAGCCUGAGGAGGAGGAGGCCCCCAGGCGGCGCCGGCCGCUCAUCCCGUUCUUUGGCCGGCUGCGGAACGACGCGGGUGACGAGGCGCAGGAGGUGGAGAACGGCGGGGCCAGCUUCGACCGCAAGGUCAAGCUCAAGGCGGCGCCGCAGGGGGCGCAGUCCGCAGUCACGUGGAGCGCCCUCCUGCCGCUGGGCCGUCGCUUGGGCGCAUCCGCGGAGCCGCAGCCGGCAACCGCUGCAGCCGAGACCGGCUCGGACCGUCUCCUGGGGCUCCGGCGCCUCGUGGGGCUGGACUCGCCGUCAACAGGGGUUCCGGUCGUGCAGAUCCAGAAGAACGAGGGCGAGGAGUUCCCGCACGUGGCCGCACUGGCCGCGCUGCUGGGGCAGACGGCCCUGGCCGGGCCCGCGGCAGCAGCAGGGGAAGGGCUCGCACCGUGGCGGGACACGCAGGAGCUGGUGGACCUGGGGCGCGCGUCCGCACAGGGACUGGCCAGCAACGCGGGGCCAAUGGCAGCCGCCGGGGGCGUUCUUGCGGGCGUGGGCUGGCUGGGGCUGACGUUCGUGAACAGCAGCGUGGAGAGCGGCAUCUGGAGCGUCUCGGACCUGGCCGACGCGCUAGGCGCGGCCGGCCUGCUGGGGGUCGUCUACCGCUAUGUCCUCAAGCCGGGCCUGACCGCCUCCCCCGUGGCCCUUCGGCCGGCCGUUCCUGCGGCUCCUCCCUCUCCCGCGCAGCCGUCGCUGCCGCUGUACGCGCGCAUGCAGAAGAAGGUGGGCAGCAUCCUGGAGCGGGCGGGGCUGAACCGCGCGGGCGGCAUGACGCUGAGCUACACCAAGUGGCUCGUCAAGCAGGCCAAGCAGGGCGGCGGCAACAAGAAGGGCGGCCAGAGCUCGCGAGGGUUGGUGCGGUCGUUGCGGGAGAUGGAGCAGCAGCUGGCCAACCUGGAGGCGGCAGCACGCGACGGGCAGGAGUUCGACCCGCGGCAGAAGGAGCUGCUCGCGCGUGUGGAGGCGCUGCUGCAGGAGACGGCCGGGCAGGGCAGGCAGGGCGGCCGGUGACACGCGGGGCGAGCGGGGGACCGUGUACAGCCGGAAGAAACACGGGGAGGGACGGCCAGCACCAAGGCCACCACCCUAGCAGGAAAUGAUUUGGAAACAUGGUUCGUAGCUGCGCAGCAAUGGUAGGUGUACAUGUGCAGAAGUUAGCAGAGCAUUAGGGUAGCGCACUAGGGAUAGGGCUUGCUUUUGUCAGCUAUCAGCGUAAAGGACUGCGUGUUGCUGGACUGCGUGCCUAAAAAUAGGCAAUGUGCUGCUGGGGGCUCGAGUGCCGAUGCAUGAAGACGAGCUCUCCUAGAGUCGCUGAAUAAAUCUCACCGACUAGCUGGUGGGACAAUCGUCAAGCAAAGAUUAGAGAGAGGUAAGAGGAAGGCGAAUGGUAGACCUUCGUAUUGGUGCACAUUGGAGUCUAGGUCGUACGAAGUGAUGCAGAUACAUCUGUUCAUAUAGUUUCGGUUUAAGUCGAAUUGUGAAUGUACGCUUUCAGAAGGAGGUAGACUCGAUCAGUGGCCGGCCAUUCGCGUGAACAAGAUAUGCGGCCGACUGGCAGGGCCGCGCUGCAUGGCACAGCCGAUCCUCCUAAAUCAGACCGGCUCUUCACGAAAGUGGAUGUACGUC